GUGGGCGGAGCCUGUAGAUGACCAUCAUGCGAUAUGAAGUAACCGGAGAUCUAACGGCGACAAACGUCGGACCAUUACCAUAAAACUCAUAUGAUUCACGCUCGUUCAUCACGAAAAUAACAAAAAGGUGACUGGAGAAGCAGCCGGGUGUUUCUUCGCUCGAUGACCAGAUUGUCUACAGUUUAACUAAUGCGUUCCACUUAAUAAGUGAAAGAGCUGCAUUGUUUUAUCAUAUGUUGAUAAAUGAUCAACUGUAAGUUCUCCAAAGGCUCCAGAAGUGUGUUUGCGGAACUGAGAAUGUUCGAGACUAAAGGAAUCUUCGGCUUUUGUGCGGAUGUCAGCUGUCUGGUGCUCGCUGGACUUCCAUUUGCGAUACUGAAUAUUCAGCACACGCCAUUCAAAAGAGGCUUUUUUUGCAGCGAUGACUCCAUCAGGUACCCCUUUAAAGAAGAUACCAUAUCCUACCAGUUACUGAUGGGGAUAAUGAUUCCAUUCACACUGUUGAUAAUAAUCUUCGGCGAGUGUUUUUCUAUAUAUCUGCGGUCCAGAGCUUCUUUCAGUUAUGAGUAUGUAGUGUGUGUGUAUAAGGGCGUAGGAUCAUUCGUGUUUGGAGCGGCGUUGAGUCAGUCUCUGACUGAUAUCGCCAAAUACACCAUUGGCCGACUGCGACCGCACUUUCUGACCGCGUGUGAACCACACUGGAGCCUCAUUGAUUGUAAAUCUGGUUAUAUUGAGAACUUCACAUGCACAGGAGAUCCGGUCAUCAUCACUGAAGGCCGGCUUUCCUUUUAUUCUGGUCACGCAUCAUUCUCCAUGUACUGUAUGAUGUUCCUCGCUCUGUAUCUUCAGUCUAGACUGAGGGCAAGUUGGGCUCGACUGGUUCGGCCGACUCUGCAGUUCUCUUUCAUCGCCGUGUCUCUUUACGUGGGUCUGUCGCGCGUCUCUGAUUAUAAACACCACUGGAGCGACGUUCUGACUGGAUUCGUUCAGGGAGCCGCCGUGGCACUGUUUACUGUGUUCUUUGUAUCGGAUCUGUUCAGCGCCAAACGCACGUCAGAUAAAGACGAGGAGAUCUCACACACGAGUCUGCAGGAGACGUCAGAUCCGCCGAACCACUACGGCAGCACAGACUGAGACAGAACGCACUCGAUUUGGAAGGAAUCGCAGUGGAUUUUUUUUUUUUGCUACUGAUUCACUUCAUUUUUAUAAUAUUACUGGGCAAAAGGUCAUUUUUCGUAAUGCACAUCAGUAGAGAAGAAUACAAUAUCAGCAGCAGUGCAACAAUAUUCUCACUGCAGUGGCUGCAUAUAUAUUACAUUUACGUUUAGUCAUUUAGUUGAUGCUUUUAUCCAAAGCGACUUACAAAUGAGGACAAUGGACGCAAUCAAAAUCAACUAAAGAGCAAUAAUAUGCAAGUUCUAUAACACGA